AUGCCUGUUUUCGGCCCGACGGAUGAUCCGGAUAUGCUGCCUCCAUCCGUGGCUUUGCAGGAAUCGAGACCAGCGGGGGAGAAUUUUAGGCCCUGGAGGCGAUUCUCUCAUUCGACUACCACUACUACUGCUGCUGCUGCUGCUGCUGCUGCUGCUGCUACGACUACCACUACCACUACCACUACCACUACCACUACUACUACCACUACUUCUUCUUCUCUGCUAGAGCUCUUCCUCCUCCUUCUCUUCCUCUGUCUCAUUUCUGUCUCUGAUCAUCCUCAACCGUAA